GACUGUAGGAAAGCAUGACUAGAGAGCCUAUAUAAAAAGGGAGACCACACAGGUGUCGUCAGAGAGACAGAAACGGUGUGUAGUGAAUCGACAAUCUACAGCAUCUUGAUCCACGGAGCCACCAUGAAGUCCCAGUUGUUCUCUCUGCUGCUGCUGUGUGUGCUGUGUGUAGGGGAGGUUCAAAUGGAGGACGCUGCGACUGUGAGAGCUGUGCGGCUCUGUGGACGGGAGUUCCUGAGGGCCGUAGUGUACACCUGUGGUGGGUCAAGGUGGAGAAGGCUUCCAGUAGAGGACAUAAAUGGAAGGGUGGACCAGAAUGGUCUGAAACCAUGGGGGGCCGAGCCUGUGAUGGACCGGAGACGACGAGACUUGAACGAAGCCCUGACCACCGUGUGCUGUCAACUGGGCUGUCGGAAGAGUGACCUUACAAUCAUGUGCUAGGGGCCAAUGUGCAGGCAUUGGCGACUUGGCAUUAAUGUUUGUUGGAAAAUAGUCCUUAUUCAAUAUAGUUGGUUGGCUUCAAUGGAUGUCAGCUAAAGAUAUCAUUACUUUCAUUUACUUUUAUCAUUACUUUCAAUUAAAUUCCCUUAUUGAUCUUAUUAGCAAUAAACACUGGACUUGUAACCAUUG